AUGGAUCAGCAAAAUCACACAGCACAAACAGAUAAUGAUGAAGAUAUUGAAAAGGCAGCAGCAGCAGAAUAUAAGAGCCAUACCUCAGAACAUGCAUAUAUAAACAAAGAGAAGACAAAGUUGAUUUGA